AGGCUGGGCUAACAUUACUUAGUUUCGAGAUCUCCUACCGAGCGGGUCUAUUUUAGGAACCCUCGUGCUGAUGAGUUCUCGUUAUAUUUUUAUAUAGUUCGUCCUGAGUCUGAAGAACUGGCAUAAUCAAAAUGUGUUGCAAGUGUUGUAGUGAAACCCAACGCAAAGUCUGGGUAUUUGGAAGCGGAGUUUUUAUUGGGGUCAUAGCUCUAAUAUUGGUUCUGGGAUGGCCGCAAUGGGGUGAGGACAUUUUAGAAUCGCAACUGACACUAAAAGAGGGGUCCCUCAUGUACGACACCUGGAAGGAGACACCUAUUCCAAUUUACUUAAAGUUCCACCUUUUCAACUGGACGAAUUCUGAUCAGAUUUCUAAUCCUGAUGUGAAGCCCCAUUUCAAGGAAUGUGGGCCUUAUGUCUUCAAGGAGAAACAUAAGCGUGUGAAGAUACAGUGGAAUAAAAACGGAACCGUAUCCUUCAAUCAAAUACGUACUUGGCAGUUUGAUGAAUCUCAAUCUGGUGGAAGCUUGGAUGAUGUUAUUACUUCCCUUAAUCCUAUCACUGCGACUGUUGCCAACAUGAUGAGAAAAGAAAUGGAUAUUUUUAAAGAAGUCAUCAACAUGUUGUUGAAUAAAAAGGGCGGCUCCUUGACCAUAACUAAAACGGCCAGAGAAUUGCUUUUCGACGGAUACGACGAUCCUCUGCUCACGUUUAUUAAGAAGUUCAAUUCCACUGCUAUAGAUAUUCCAUACGACAGAUUUGGGUGGUUCGUGGAUAGAAACAAUUCCGAUAGCUUCGAUGGUCGUUUCACAAUAUACAAUGGACAAAAGGACAUUAAAACUAUGGGUCUCGUGGAUCGCUGGAAUGGACAAAAUGAAACAGAAUUCUUCGAUGGAGAAUGUGGAAGGAUCUAUGGUACAACCGGUGAAUUAUGGCCAGUUAAAAUGGACCCUGUUGCUCCAAUAUCAGUGUUCGUAUCCGACCUUUGCAGGUCAAUUACGUUGAAUUACCACGAUAAAUAUGAAGCCCAUGGAAUCGAAGGUUCCCAAUGGAUGGGAGGCGAUAUGGUAUUCGACAACGGACAUCUCUAUGAAGAGAACCGAUGUUUCUGUCUUGAAGAGGAUUUCGCUGACUGUCCACCUACUGGAAAUCUGGAUAUAUCUAAGUGCCAACUGGGAGCCCCCGCUACAAUGUCUUACCCCCAUUUCUACAUGGCUGACCCCAGUUAUUUGAAUGCAGUGGAUGGCUUAAGCCCCAAUAGUACCCUUCAUAAGUUCACCAUCGCGUUACAUCCUGAAACUGGAAUACCAUUGGAUCUAGCAGCACGGAUUCAGUUGAAUAUGUACAGCAGGCAGGAUAGUAAAAUUGACAUCUUCAAAAACGUCCAAAAUGUCCUGUUGCCAGUGUUUUGGUUUGCUCAGAUGGUGCACCUGGACUCAGAUUUGGCUAGUCAAGUUAAGCUUGCUAUACUAGUCCCGGAUCUUGGAUUGUACAUUUCAUAUGGACUGUUUGGGGUUGCAGCAAUUAUUAUAAUUAUUGGAAUCAUAUUGACUCUGACUAAGUCGUGGGUAAGGACACCUAAGGAUCAAUUUGAGAAAUAAGAAAAAAGGACGAGUUAGGAAAACUUGCGACUAUUUUGAUCAAAUGCUUGUUAGGAGACUGUAAAUUAAUAAUUUCUGUGUUUUCGUAGGUAUUAAAUUAAAUUUAUAUUUAAUCAAUAUAAAAA